AUGCUCAAUCUAGCAUUACUAAUAUUCCUUGCCGUUCUCUUUACGCAAGUGGUCUCGUGGGUCGGCAAGUCUGUCCUGCAGGAAAUCGCAUUUGCGGUCUACUCCAAAAUUGUUCUCUCUUCCACCGCCCGUAAACAAAAGGCCCUCCGCAAACAAGUGCUCGAGGACAAGGCCGAACUGGGACGGACGAGUUCGCAAGAUCAAUUCGCGAAAUGGGCCAAGAUCAGGAGAAAGCUCGAUAAGGGAAUGGCCGACUUGGAAAAGAUCAACACUACCCUCCAAACAUCCCGCUCCUCCUUCACCUCCAGAUUCAGCUGGCUCCUCUGGCUUCUCACGACCGGUGCCCAAUUUGUACUCGUGUGGUGGUUCCGCAAGCAGCCUGUAUUCUGGAUCCCGGAGGGAUGGGUGCCGUACCCCGUGGCUUGGGUUCUGAGCUUUCCCUCGGCGCCGCUUGGUGCGGUCAGUUCAGGAGCUUGGGGGGCGGUUUGUAAGAAGGUAUUGACUACUGUGAAAGACGUUGUUCAGGGUCUUUUGGAGCCUACUCCUGCGAAGGCUCCCGUGCCCAACGCUCCUUUCGCGGCAGAGAAGCAAGAAGCCAAGAUUGAGCCUUUGAGCAUUGAGCAUGAAAAGCUGGACUAG